UUAUACAGCAUUCCUAAUUUUGUUCUCUGCACUAUUGGUUUCGGUCAAAAUGCUGUUACAUUAAAAAAAAAAACCCAAAUCAUGAUCUCCUAUCAUGAUUGCAGACUUUUCAGUUUUACCAUCUAAGUCUGAGUCUUGGCUAUGUGUCAGUGCCAUGUGGUUAGGUGCAUAAAGUUCAUUACUGCAAUAUUGAAAUAUUUUCCUAUGAAAUUUCAUUAACCAGGAUCCUAUCAAUACACUGGAUAUUAAUAUUGCUCCCCUAGAUUUCUUUUGUUUAAUAUUUGUCUGUAUUGCCUGUUCCCAUAAAUUGACUUUUAAUCACUUAGCGUUGUUCUAAGAUUGAUUAAAAUGUAGAAUAAAAGGGAAGGUUAUGGGAGGGUGGGACGUCUAAUCUAAGCCCAGCCCAGUGAUUACAUUAGCUGGGCGCUGAUUAGGUUAGGAUGUUGGCCAGGGAUAAAGCCAGGAUCUUUGGGAUCUGGCUUCAUUUGGAGUUCAGCUACCAAGAGGAAACCUUCCUCUGGGUCCUGGAGUAUUUGGCCUGAAAUUGGCAAUUUGGGAGUUGCUGCUCCAGGGGGCUCCCUGCGGAGCUCGGCCGCCAGCCUCUCCGCCCAGCGUUUCCCGGCGUCCCCACGCGGGGCGCAGCCGCGAGAAAGGAACGUAGGUCACACCGUCAGCGCCCAGAGCAGCGCCAGUUUCCGGGCCCGGCCUGCUCUAGGAGCCAUGAGCUGCGGCCGCCCCCCUCCCGACGUGGACGGCAUGAUCACCCUCAAGGUGGACAACCUGACCUACCGGACCUCUCCCGACAGCCUGAGGCGAGUGUUCGAGAAGUACGGGCGCGUGGGCGACGUGUACAUCCCGCGGGAGCACCACACCAAGGCGCCCCGCGGCUUCGCCUUCGUCCGCUUUCACGACCGGCGCGACGCGGAAGACGCCGAGGACGCCAUGGACGGGGCGGAGCUGGAUGGACGCGAGCUGCGGGUGCAGAUGGCGCGCUAUGGCCGCCGGGACCUGCCCCGCAGCCGCCAGGAAGACCCGCGCGGCAGGUCCGGAGGCGGCCGCUACGGACGGCGGAGCCGCAGCCCUAGGCGGCGACACCGCAGCCGAUCCCGGGGUCCCAGCUGCUCUAGGUCCCGCAGCAGAUCUCACUAUGGGGGGUCUCGCUAUAGCCGGUCUCCCUACAUCCGAUCUCCCUACAGACGAUCUCAUUGCAGAGGAUCUCGCUACAGUCAAUCUUACAGCCGGCAUCACUACAGCCGAUCUCCCUACAGGGAAUCUCGCUACAGGUCUCCCUACAACCGGUCUUCCCGCAACAGGUCUCUCUACAACCGCUCUCACUCGAAGUCUGGGUCUCGCUCUCGUUCUCUAUCAACCUCCAAAUCCAGCUCUGCGCGAAGAUCCAAGUCCUCCUCCAUCUCCAGAUCUUGCUCAAGGUCCAGGUCUAGAUCUACGUCCCGGAGUACUACCCCCAUAUCCAAGAGGGAAUCCAAGUCCAGGUCGUGAUCCAAGAGUCCUCCCAGGUCUCCUGAAGGGGAAAAAGGACAAGUGUCCUCCAAGGAAAAUGAUCAUCAGCUAACGCGUGAUGGACGACUUGGGGAAAAGGACUCCAUACUCAGUCCAUGGAAGCAGAGUCCCUGGAAGAAGCGACUGCCUAAUGAAACAGUUGUGUGACAUUUGUCUACCUUUUUACCAGUUUGAAGUGUUGCAUCAGAUGGCAAGAUUCAUUUCAUGUGCCAUUGUGUUGUUAUUCAAAUUUUCUUGUAAUUUAGUGAGGCCCGGCUGCCUAGCAGUUGAGUGAUGCUGGUUAGCUGUUAAGGUGGCCUGUUGCAGUGCAGAGUGCUGAGCUGCUUCCUGUUUUCUUCUGAUUGCUCCUGAAAAAAGAAGCCCUGUCCUGAAGAACAAAUGACUGUUCAGUUUAUUAAAAUGCCUGUCAACUGCCCUUCUAGUCACCCAGGCCUGGAAGAGAAAUAAUAGAGCAUGCAGUGAGCACAUCUAGCUGAUGAUAAUCACACCUCUUCUCCCUCUCUAUUCUGUUAAAUGGCAAAUCUGAUCAUAUCAACAUACAUGAACUUAAAAUAUGGGGAAUGUUAUGGAAGAAAUGGCUUGUAACUUUGUAGGUACUUAUAACAUGGUGUAUUUUUUUUAUUAUGAAUAUUUCUUACUAUUACCAUGUUUCUAUCAUUGAAUUAAAAUGUUUUGUUGGUGUUACCUUUUCUCAAAAUAAAAUUAGAAAUAUUUU